AUGACAAUGGGUGCUUCCAGGCCCGUGGCAUCCACGACGAUGUCCUUCAAUUUGGCGGCUGCACAGGACUUUGAAGGAUCCGAGCGGACAUUCGUUCGUGACAAGCAGCGCCUGAGCAUGAUGAACCUUCAUUUUGCAUCCAUGUCUUGGCGUGUGAUCCUGCAAGCUUUCCAGCAGCAGAUCGACGACAAGACCCUGGUACCCGUUUGCAUUAUGAAAAGCCGGCGUCAUGAUGAGACACCCACCAAGUUGAGGCUCCCGAACAAACUUCCAGAAGACCGUCGCAAAGUUCUGGGCAAGCGCACUGGUGCAGUGACGGCCAAGGUGGUCCAAACAAAGAUGGAACUUGCAUUCCUCAUGCAAGGCGGGAGUUUGAACAAGAAUGAGGCUCUUCGGGGCAAGUACAUCUUGUUCAGAUCUGUUGUUCCCUGUCCUUUACAGCUGGUGGAUUCGUGCACGAUUGCAAACAUGAGGUGGUUGCAAGAAGAGCAAGAGGCCCGGGUGCCCGGGCUGGUACACUUCAGUCGGCAAUUUCCUUUGAAGUUUUCGCUCCCUGCCACGGACAGGCAUUUCUCCAACAAGGGAGCUGAAAAGGCCCUGAACAACUCUGAUAACACGUGGCUUAUGUACCAUUUCCUAUGUGACACUCACAAAGCUGCCCAAAUCCAGAAAACAGAGUUCGAUUUACUCUCGGGGAACGUAUCGGCUAUGCUGAUGUUUUCGAUCGCGACGAGGCAAGGGAACAGCCUCAACGAAAUGAAGAACAUCUUGAAGGAUCUGAUCGAGACUCGUUUGCUCAUCCAGGUGGGGAAACCUCCAGCAGAGUACACUGAACAUCGCAGGGCCGUGCAUGACCUUUUCUUGGCACCUGGGCAUUCCGCCAUGCCAGACGGUCGACGAGCCACUGCUUCCGAAAACAUUUUGCGGCGCCGCUUGAUUCUGGAACAUCUUUGUAAUGGCAACUUGCAGCGGUCGGAUUGCAUUGAGUUUUGGCUGCCAACUGCUGAUUUUGCUAGCCGAGACCAAGUCGUUCAUGUUCUCCAGGAAUGGCUCAUACCAGCACUCCUCCCCGGGCCUUGCCCAGAGUUCCCAAGAUCACGCUGGACAGGAGCGGAUUUGGCUCUCGACUUCUUGGGCGUUCUUCAAUCACACCAUGCGCUUCUCCGGCCUUUGAUCCAAAUAUGGACACAGGGCCACACCCAUGUUGAUCCGCAGUUGCCAAGCAGUUCGUCUCGUGCAGGCUUGGACAAUGAGGGCUGGUCUGCCGCGAGUAACUUGCAAAAUACUGUCGAUGCUGAUCGGGGUGAUGUGGUUCUGCAGCAUCCGGUGCCUGAGCGACCUGUGCAAUCCAAUGCUUCGACGGCGCAGCUGGCAGAUCCCGAGUUACCUGCAUGGUUUCAGUCUGCUGAAGAUGUGGCCGUGGAUCUGCAAGACCAUGUGCAAGCAGAGACUGGGGAUGUGAACUGGGCUUCAUUCAAUGCAGCUCUGAAAGCAAAGCUGGCCAGAUGGUGCGAGCAUUCAUCUGUGCAGCAUGUUUUUGUGGUGAUGCGUGCAGCCAUGAAAGCACCAUUAAAGCUCCUUUCAGAUGUUCUCACUUUUGCUGGUUCUACGUGGGAGCAGCAGCAGGCAGCGUUGAAGGCUAAGACCGGCACACGAAGUUAUCGUGUUCUGAAGGCUGCUGAUGGUUCUUUGGAAAGGAGCUUCAUGACCCGCCUGUCUGAAGGGUUCCAUGGCCAGCUACAAAGUUUGCCCUCCAGCGCAUGUCUUCGUGUUACCCGAGUCUUGCUCUUCCGCAUGCUCGCUCGCGCAGGUGCGGCUGGUGAGCAAUUGAUGUUUGCGGAACACAGAGCAUUUCCGUAUAAACUGUUCACGGCCCUGAAGCAGAACAUGCAGAACAUCGAGGCCUUCCCAGAUCAGCCUUGCAUGAUGGAUCGGCUGUCAUUCGAAAUCAAGAAGAAAUUUCCGGAUCUCCGAACAGCAGAGGCUCAGGCUUGCCUCCACAGCCUAGCUUCAAUCAUCUGGACGGAUAUUUCUUGUGUCGAAGCGACACAUGCGAGCACCCGCAGGAUCACGACAGUGAGAUCAGUGCAGGUCUCUGCUGUGUCUUUUGAACAAGUUAAUAGCGACCACAUGUCACGAGAGUUGUCCACACUGCGUGAAGCCAUGCGGGAGCAGACAGGAGCACAGGCCCCAAGGACGAAGACCCAGAAAAGACAUCAAGGCCACACUGCAAGAAAGAAGCGCAGACCGGUGGGCAAGCCUCGCAAAUACAAGCGAGGAGGUGGUGCUUACCGUGCUUUCAUGAGUAUUCAUGGUCGCGGAAACCGCUUGGGUCCAUCCAUGUCAAGACUCACCCAGAACUACCAUGAGGCCAAACGUGAUCCCGAGCGCUUCGCUCGAUAUGUCGAAGCUGGCAAAGCUGGGACUGUUGCUGCUCGCGCAGGCUAUGAAGCUUUGGAGAACGUGCGAGAAGACGGAACAGAAGGCAAGGAGCCGGGUCGUCAGAACUGCCUGCUGUGCAGAACCUACGAUCAGAACUGA